GCCAGCCACCCGUGAUGCUGCACAUGGGAAGAGCUGUAGAAGAAUGUGGUGCUGGUACCCCAAGGAAGAGAAAUCCUAUCCGCCCAGCUGUGUCCCUGUAUAAGGAAGGGGCUGGAGGGGGAUCUAAUGCUGCUAACCAGACAGACACAAACUUUAGCCAGCCACCCAUGGUUCUGCACAAGGGUGGAGCAGUAGGAGGAUCGGGAGAUUCUACUCAGACAAACCUUAGCCAGCCAUCUGUGCUCCAUAACACAAAAGGAACUGGAGCUGGAUGGGGGGGCACUGCUCCGACAAAUACAGACCUUAGCCAGCCACCUGUGCUCCAGCACACGGAAAGAGCUGUAAAAGAAUUGGGUGAUGCUACCCAGAUAGACACAAAUCCUAGUCAGCCACUCGUGAUCCAGCACAUGGGAGGCGAUGGAGGAGGACGUGUUGUUCGUACCCGGAGAAACACAAACCUUUUCCAGCCAGCCGUGCUGCAGUGCAAAGGAGGAUCUACAGGAGGACGGGGCGCUCCUGCAGCCGUUGUGCAGCCUCCUGUGCUCACAAAGAGCUCCUCGGGUGGCAGCCGCGAUGGAGGAGGAUUCUCUGGUGCCUCCGGUGUUGGAGCAGCAGGCAAGAAAGGCGCGGUGUCCUCGCAGAAAGCGAGCUCUGUGUUAAGCAGUGCAAACCCAGCUGAUGACUACAGAGAUGAACAGCAGAGACUUUCUGACUGGGUAGCAGAAGACAUGGCGACCUGGGAAUCUUCUGGACAGUGGAUAUUUUCGUGUUACUCUCCUGAGAAGGGCAAGCCUAAUGUUUCAGACUUUCCAGAGAUCUCCCCUGAGGAGCUGCGCCUGGGGUAUUAUACCUGCAGUGCCAAGGAGGGCACAGGACUCUACAUAAACGCUGUCCAUCAGUAUGUGCAACAAUGGAGAAACAGGCUGCAGGAGCUGAAGGCUUUAAAUGCCUGGAGAACAGCAUUGAUGCUACUUUGGAGAGAGAAAGUGGUCACUCCACCAUCACCUUCUCUUGGAUUGGGAGGACAGUAAGCCCCAAGCACUGGGUUCCCAAGCUCUCCAGCCAACAGCAGCAGCGGUGCUGCCCGCUUGUCCUUGCAAAUCCCAGCAUCUCAUCUGGAAGCGCUCCAGCUGUGGGGAGCUCUGCUGCUGCCUCCAGUCCUCCUGCCCUCGGGGUGACGUCCUCCCACAGCUGUCCCCAUCCUGUUGGGACUGGGGAUGCUGCAGCUCCAUCCGCAGCCCGCUCCUCACUUAACGCUCCUGGAACGGCCGCUGGCCGUGGACUUCUGGGCUUCCGGGCCCUGCGAGCCCUGCUGCGGCAAAUCCUUCCAGCACCGCUCCGCUUGCUGUCGCUGCUCCCAAGGCAGCUACAGAACCUUCUCACCCGGGUGCAAGCAGUGCUUUGGCCGCACCGACUGCCGGUGCCUCUGCACACAGCACCGCGUCUGCGCCUCCUGCAUCCACACGGCAUCAGAGCAGGGCAGUCACACACACCGAGGAGGGAACUAACGGCCGGAGAGCUGGAGCAGUUCAGAGCCAAGAAGUUCACACUAGGAAAGGUCCCUGAGACUACCACCAGCAGACCUUUUGUAUGAUAAGGAUUUAAGUUAAUUCUGAAGUUAUAUGCCUUAAUUAAAUAGAAAUAAAUAUUUAUUUACAUAUGUCUUAAUUAAAUA